AUGAAUCGUCUAAAUUCAGAUACUGAAAUAAAAGUUAGUGCAUCAAUACGUUUUCUGAAUGAAACAAUACAAUUUAAUGCCAAUGAACCAUCAUUAGCAUAUUAUCGAAUUCAAGAACAUGUACAAAAAAAUUUGCCAUCAAUGGUACAAAGAAAAUAUGAACUUCAAAAUUUACAAGAACAAAUGAGUGGUCUUGUUUUUGAUAUUGAAUAUAGUGUUGAUGCUGUCAAAGAUUUAGCAAAAAGUACUGAACAUGUUAAUAAUAUUCUUACACAUUUAGAAAAGGCACUUUCUAUUGGUAGCCAAAUAAGUUUAUUUCGACAGCAACAUAUUGAACAACAAUUGUUUGAAAAGAAAGAUGGACCUUUAUUAUCAUCACUAAAAAAAUAA